CGACCAUGGUCCAUGGAUAAGAGAAAAUCGAUAGGCAGAAGAAACAAAAAAAGUUGCCAUGACGACGAUGGCGCUGCCGCUACCGGUGCCAAAUCCACUCCCAAGCAGCAGCCCAAUCCUCCGCCCCCGCUGCAGCACCGCCGCCGCCGCAGCCGCAGCAAGAACCCCUGGUGUCCAACCCCUCCCCGACGAGCUCCAGCUCGUCGCCGACGUCCGGUCCCCGCACAACCACAUCCGCGUCGCCGACGUGUCCCCGCGCGCCGCGGGCCACCCGCUGGCCGGCGCCCGCCUCCUCCUCCUCGACGGCCCCGGUAACAUCCACUCCCUCUCUUUCCCCCGCCGCGCCCACCGCUGCCCGCUCACCGCCACCUACCUCGACGCCUUCGCCGCGCUCCCGCCGCUCCUCCCGCGCCCCUCCCUCGCCGUCCUCGGCUUCGGCGCCGGCUCCGCGGCCCGCGCGCUCCUCCACUUCCACCCGGGCCUCUCCGUGCAUGGCUGGGAGCUCGACCCCGCCGUCCUGGCCGUCGCCCGCGACUUCUUCGGCCUCGCCGAGCUCGAGAAGGACCACGCGGCACGCCUGUUCGUGCACGUCGGCGACGCGCUCGAGGCCGAGGCGCCGCCCGGCGGGUUCGGCGGCGCCCUGGUCGAUCUGUUCGCCAGCGGGAGCGUGCUGCCGGAGCUCCAGCAGGUGGACACAUGGCGGCGCCUGAGCGGGAUGGUGGCGCUGGGCGGGAGGAUGAUGGUGAACUGCGGCGGCGGGUGCGUGGAGGCGGAGGAGGAGGGGAGGGAUGGCGAGGCGGUGAAGGACGCCACCUUGCGGGCCAUGGCCACGGCGUUCGGGGAGGGGAGGGUGUCGGUGAUGGACGUGGAUGGGAGCUGGGUGGCGAUGACGGGGCCACCCGUCACAGCGCCUGAGGCGGCGGCAGCGUGGAAGGCGCGGCUACCUCCAGAGCUUCGGAAUUUUGUUGACAUGUGGAGGCCGUAUAAUAGCAACUAGCCGGGAGAUUCUUCACUCUUCUGUGGCUGGUUUCAGUAUUUCACGUAUUUCAGGCUUUCAGCUGGCAGCAACAAGAGAGGCUCCAAAGAUCUAGCUCAGCGGUAGGUGUUCUUGUUCUUGUUUGACUUCCACUGCAUCACCAGGUACGCCACUGCCUCAGGAAUCGUCCCUUUCCGACCCUCCUUCUGGUUCCACAGCUCGGGUACGGGAUCCCUCUCGAAGGGGCUGUACUCGUGCAUUUCAAGGAGGGCCUUGACAACUAAACCGUGCGCAUCCUCACCAAAUUCAGAUUUUAAAGCUUGCAGCUUCUCAUGAUCUUCCUCAAUUUUUUCCUGUAGGGUCAAAUUAAUAUUAGACCACAAGCAUCUUUCACCACAUCCCUAUCACUGUAAACAGGAGUUCACCAAUGCCUACCCAAAAGAAAAAAUGAGUUGAGGUACUUUUCAACAAGUCCAAUAUUGUCAGGAUAGGGGAAUUAUCAAGGUAGCAGUGCAAUCCAUUCGGUUAAGGUUCAAACAGCCACCCAAUCCGGGAACUGUUUCUUAAAACACUAGAAGGAACAAAGCACAGACAUGCAAUAGCUCAUGAUUUACGAAACGAGAAGCAAUUGUCAAAAUAAGUAACAAGUAAACUGUGCAGGGAACUAGGUUAGAGCCAGUAUGAAUCUGGUGCAAAAAAAAAAAAAGGCCCCAAGAUCCAACCAUGCAUAUCUGGUCAGUUUGACCCGAAAACUAGAGAAGGCUCUGGAGCAGCAGAUAGUAUCAAGAAUUACAAGUAAACAAAGGUUUAUCUUCUUCUUUCCUUCAGCAUCAAUAUACCAUUCUGGCUGUCUAAUCUCAUGCUCCCAUUUUGAAUAUAUAAGUGUGAACUCCACGUCAAAGUCAUCUUUUGCUAUUCUUUCUUUGCGUGCAUCAUGAAAAGCUUUCUGAUCAAGCUCGCCCAUCCUUUUGACACCAAAAAGCAUAUUCGAUCGAGCUCCUAACUUUCCUGACCUUUGUUCAAGGCCUGCAAUAUGAGUAAUUUGUUCUCAACAAACAAAGAAUCAACAUACAAGUUAACACAAAUAGAAAACCAAGUCAAUACUCAUGCAUACCCUUAUCAUCUCUUUCUUGGCCUCUUCCAGAUCCUCACUAGCUAUUCUUUCUUUAUCAAAACAGGUCUGGUUGGUAUCCUUAGCAUCCUCUAUUUCCUCGUCUAUCUCUACAAGUUUUUUACGCAUCUCAUCAAGCUGCUCCUGCAAUUUUGUAUCUUCCUCAGCUCCCGUAUGCUUCCUAACCUCUAACUCCCCAUUCAACUGUUCUCUUUCCAGUUCAAGUUCAUGUUUAGAAUCCAAUUGCCUUUCCAGAUAGGUUAGCACCCUCAAAGCAUCAUUUGUGUCCUCCUGCAAUUCUUGUUUCUCAAGGAGACGAAAAAGUUCAUGAUGUGCCUCUAUCUGCUUCUGGAUUGCUGAAUUAAGACUCUCCUUCUCUUUUGCAUUCUACAGAAGUUUAAACAGCAUAUGUUGGUUCAGAUCCAAUUCUUUAGUGACAGAGGAAAGGUUUUUAUUAUUCAUAUUAAGCUCCAUGAAAACAGAAAGAAAUCUACCUUUUCUAUGUCUUCUUUGAGCUUUGUUUUGUCCACAAUAUUGCUUUUGGAUGCCAAGUCUUCAAGUUGCUUACGUCUAGUAUCUUUUUUUUGUUGCCAGAUCAUCAGUUCUUUAUCCAAUCUACGACUGUCCUCGAUCAUUUUGCUCAUUUUUUCACAAGCAGCUUGUUGGAUCUGUAUUGUCCCUGUUCAUCAAUAAAAGGAUAUACAGUGUCAAUAAAUUCGGUGAGCAAAAGAUGAACCAUGCUGCGAUAAAAUUUAAUAAGCUACGCUGUGUGGUGUGUGGUUAUAUGUUGUGCAUUGUACACGUUCACUUUCUUCUCUCUACUGCAAUGAUAUACAGUUCUCUUA